AUGCCCCGGCCGAGCAGGAGCGAGUACGGCGAGCACAAGCCCCCUUACUCGUACAUCAGCCUGACCGCCAUGGCCAUCCAGAGCAGCCCGGAGAAGAUGCUCCCGCUGAGCGCCAUCUACAAGUUCAUCAUGGACCACUUCCCCUUUUACCGCAGCAACACCCGGCGCUGGCAGAACUCCUUACGACACAACUUGUCUUUCAACGACUGCUUCGUCAAGAUGCCCCGCAGGGCUGAACACCCCGGCAAGGGCGGCCUGUGGGCCCUGCACCCCCUCUGCGGGGACAUGUUCCACAACGGCAGCUUCCUGCGCCGCCGGAAGCGCUUCAAGGCGGCCGAGCCCAUCGUGGCCGUGCGCGCGCAGCCGCCCUUCAAGCACCCCUUCGCCAUCGAGAGCCUCAUCCAGACGCCCGCAGCCGUGCGCCUCCCCAUGGCGCCCCAGCAGCAGCACCCCGACUGGCCGCCCCGAACGCACGCCGCUUCUUUGGCGCCCAGAGACGUCCUCCUUCCCGCCGUCCCGGUGCCCGUCAAAGCGACGCACGUGCUACUGCCGGGCCUGCACACGCACGUCCCCGCUUUCCUGGGGGGUGGUCCCACACAGGCCUUUUUCAGCCAUGGUGGCCCGCCUGUGUGCACGCUGCAGGUGGACGUGCACUAA